GUACUAAUUCAUAAUCAGUACCAAAAAAUUACGGAAUUGUUACAGAUUGAUAAUUUUGUAUCAAAUAGUUCGUGUCAAAAUGUUUUUGGUAUGAAUUUGACAUAUCCUUGUCAAAUCCUCUAUAAAUUCGAUGAACCCUGCCAAAAAUCUCUGUCAACCCAAUGUUUUUCUUUUUGUAGUGAAUUACACCUCAAUUUCUGCUAGCAAGCUACUUAUACCACGUAUAACCCUUCUCACUCUUCUAUAAUCAACCAAAAUGAGUAAUUCUUUUUUAUUCUUGCUGGCUUUUGUUUUAUCAAACGCUGCCAUUGUCAGAGCUCAAGAUCUCCAGGCUCCCCACGGCCUGGCAUACCACAUCCCCGACGCCACCGCCAUCUCGCCUGAAGCGUACGCCUUUUUCAACCCCGGAGAUGGGCGCCGACCCAAGACUGCUGCCUCUGCUACUGUCGCCUCUGCCGCUGCAUCGGGGUACUUUCCGGCGGAGCAAUCAAUGCCGGUGGUAGUGCGCAAUGCUGGAGAUGAUGGGGUAGCUGGAAUACUUAUCGGGUUUCUGUUUGUUGUGGUUAUAGCGCUAGGGGUUUACUUGCUAUUUCUGACGACGUCACGGAAGCAGAGCCGAGAAGGAAAUGGCGGUCAACAAAUAAGAGUUUGAAGAUGCUGUCUGUUUUGAAGGUGUACGUAAAAUAAGAGUUAAAAUUGCCAUUUGGUAUUCCAUAUUGGUAAGGAUAAGAAGUUUAUAAGUUACGAUAGUAUUUAUUUUAUAGAGAAAUUGGAAGAAAACAUCUUUAAAAUAUGAGUAUUAUAUUUUACGAUUUGAAUAAAGUAGUAACGUGUUUAAAUCAUAUCAUAUCGCUGUAUUUUGAUGGUGUUAGAUUUCAUAUUAUAAACGAUCAGCGAAUCGUGUUGCUCAUGCUUUAGCUAAAGCAGACGGUUCUUCCCCUGAUUGUUGUUCUUUUAUCGAGUAGGCUCAUGAUUCGAUUGUAA